CGAGCGGCGUUCGAUUAGUCGUCCUCGAGGCCUCUGAGACUCCUACUUGCGUUCAUCAGGCCUCCUUCCGAUGGCCCCAUUCUCAAACUGUGCAAGAUGCCGAGGAAUGGCGCCUGGCGAUGUUUAGACUUCUAGAUGACAUACCCCCUGCAAUACGAUCCCGGAUGGCCCGCGUAGCAAUCAGCGGCACCAGCGCCUCAUGCGUGGUUGUGAAUAAAGCGAAUGGAGCAAUCACUCGGAAUCCAAGGCUCUACAAUUGGGAUGCCCUCCGCGAGAUACCAGAAACAGGUAGAAAGGCACAAUGUCUGAUAGCAGAUUAUGCACCAGCCAAGCAUGUCACCCUAUCCGGGACAUCUUCAUUGAUGAAAGUAGUGUCCUGGCAUUUGGAGGAGGCAUUCCAUCGCGACGAAGUGAUGCUGCACCAAGCCGAUUUUCUUAGCGCCUGUCUGAUACACGAUACCUCAACAGCAAAGAGAGAGCAGUCUUGCUUUCCCCGCGUCUCA